AACUCUCCUAUCUCUUGUUUACGUCUGUGUCUGUCAGUGUCUGCCUCAACAGUACCUGGCUGAAUGAGGAGUUUAGGGGUGGUGCUGCUUUCUCCUCUCACAAGACCCCUUUUCCCGAAGAUUUAGCCCUCUUCUAUGCAUCCAGCGGAGUGUGCUAGACAUUUACUAUUUCACACAAGGAUGCACCAAGAUUAGGGAGUUAAUCAGAAAAAACAAAAUGACAGACGAAAUAUCUGGUGAGGCCAGUUGGGUGGGUUAUCUUGAUAAAGCCAUCAAGCAGACACGCUCCUUGCCCAUCUGGAGCUCCAUACCUUGGUUUAUUGGUUGGGCAACGUUAACAGUGAUGGGUCCUGUUGUAGCAGCACGGCUGAUGUACAGAGUAGUACAGUCAAUGGUAUCUCGUAUGGUCUUUGGUGAUUCAGCGUUACUUGGGAAGGUUAUAUUGGUCACUGGUGCUAGUUCUGGUCUCGGAGAAGCUCUCGCACACGCUCUUUAUAAGCGCGGGGCUCGGUUGAUUUUGGCAUCUCGAAAUACAGACAAAUUAAAUGAACUCAAGGAAAUCCUUUUGAAAACUUACAAGACGCCAGAGCUCCAUGUUCCCACAGUGGUGAAACUUGACCUGGAGGAUCUAAACAGCAUUCCAGUGGUGGCAGACAGAAUCCUCAAGACCCACGGACACAUAGACGUGUUAAUCAAUAAUGCUGGCAUUUCAUUCCGAGGUGCAGCCUUGAACACUGACAUCAGUGUUGAUAUCAAGCUCAUGGUUGUAAAUUAUUUUGGGCAAGUGGCUCUAACAAAAGCCAUUCUUCCCAGUAUGGUGGAAAAGCAGUCAGGUCAUAUUGUGGCGGUUGGCAGUGUUCAGGGUAAACUUGCCCUUCCCUAUAGGGCAUGUUAUUCAGCCUCCAAACAUGCUCUACAAGCCUUCUUUGACUCACUGCGUGCUGAGGUGGCUAACAGUAAAGUGCGUGUGUCAGUCGUAAGUCCAGGGUAUAUCUCCACCAACCUCUCUAUAAAUGCUGUUACUGGUGAUGGUUCAAAAUAUGGAGCCAUGGAUGCAGCAACAGCUUCAGGUAUGACCCCAGAGAAAGUAGCAGAGCAAAUUGUUGGAUGCCUUUUAAGUGGAUCUGAGGAACUGGUGGUGGCUUCCUUGCCGCACCAGCUGGCCAUCAUCCUGCGCACACUGUCCCCUGCACUCAUCUCCCGCAUCAUGAAGAGUCGCGCUGUGAACCAAAAGGAUUUGUAUCUACACAAAGAAGAUUAAAAAGAUGUGAUGUAUUAUAUAAUAUGAUAUUUAUGUGUUCAUGUAGAGGAUAUUUGAUUUUAAGGCUUGUCAACAGGUACCCACAGUGUAAUGUUUAUUACGCGCCCAUUUUUAAGUUGUUCUUCGUGACACCCAUUUUAUGAAUGGUUUAUAUACCAAAGAAAAUUUAUGAAGUGCUUUUUAGGACUCCAUAAAAAUAAAAUGUAUGAAAUUUGAUUUUAAAUAAAAUUUAAAAAUA